GGCUGACGUGACCUUGUCACUGCUGCAACACACAAAAAAAGGCAUUGAAUGUCUCUUGGGAGCAGAUUCUUCUUUCCAUGCUUCCUCCCCCAAAAGAUCUCUGCAGCUGCAGCCAGAGUUUCUCCCUAAUGAUCCUCCUACGUGCCUGCCCUCUUGCACAAGGAAUCUUCACAGUAACUCCCAGCAGAGGCUGACUUUUGGGAUUGAUCCACUGCGGUGCCUCAGGCGUCCUGAUCUGCUGAUUAUACCGCAGUCUUGUUUGUGCAUUUUCUGAUAUAGGCUGGCUUUCUGUUACCGAUGCAACUAUGGACGACGAUCAACAAGAGCAUGUAGCUGACGCGAGUCUGCUAUUUCCACAGGAUGUUGGAGGUGCCCUGCAAGUCCUGGGUGGGAACUCUGUGAUCUCGCGUCGACAAUUUAGUACAUCGGAUAGCAGCAGCAACCUGGUGUCUCCAAGCAUUGCCGGGCGAAAAAGGAAGCGAGUGGGAGUCUCCAAUUCAACCGGAGAUGAAACCCCAAAGAAGAUCAAGACCGUCUCUGCUGACCAGGGCCAUCUUGAUUCUGGCAAUGCGCCAGCUUCUGAUCAUGAUGUGUCGCUGCAACUCCCAGCGGAGGUGUGGCAGCAUAUCUUUUCCUUCCUGCCUCCGCAUACGCUUGGAGCCCUGCUGCGGGUCAACAAAUUGUUCAAUAAGUACCUCGAUCCUACGUCCCCAUUCAACAUCUCUGCUCCAGCGUUCCGCGUGCCUUCCAUAGUACCUGCGCUUCACCCAGACGCCGUAUGGCGGACAUCCAGGUGUCUUUUUUGGCCAAGGAUGCCUACACCUCUUAUGGGGAAAUCUGAACUAGACAUGUGGCGAUUUGCCUGCUCACGGUCUUGCCAACUAUGUGGCCAGAUAGAUGAAACUCAUGUCGCCUGGGAUUCCUUGCCAUGGCAGCGUGGGCCUGGUAAUAACACUGUUUCACCGAUAUUCGUGUUCUUCGUCAAUUCUUGUGGAAAAUGUUUGGCUGAGACAAGCGUCAAAGAAGUUGAUAUGCUAUUAUCAACGUCCAUACCUUCGAUUCUUGUACCCGGACUUCCUAUGGCCUUUUUGACUCCUGAUCUUAACGUAAUCUAUACACAGUCAAUAAAAACUACCCAAAUGCCUACUUCUAUUCCACUAACGAGAAUAUAUUGGCCUACCCAAGUGGAGUGUCUUCGAUUAGAGUUUGAAGAAGUCAAACGAUUUGGCCCUGCAGCCGCUGAAGAAUGGAUAAAGGGUCUAGAAGCUCGUGGCGCAGAUACCAUUCAUGAAGCAUCACGAUGGGAGAAGUGGUAUUUGGCUGGAGGAGUUAGCCAGAUGCUCAUGCGUUCGUCUUCAACUCCACCAAAGCCUACUACUCGUGGCGCGCUCAAUUCGGGCAUGCAAAACGUCGAAGCCUCUUCUCGGCCAAAACGACGAGCUCAAGAAAUAGCAGAAGAACUGAAAUCUCAGAGACGAGCGGAUAUAGAAGGCCGAGCUGCGCGGCUUCAGCCUCCCAUACCUCCAGAUGUUCUUGUCGAUCUUCCAUCUUUCCAGAUGGCUCUACAGAAAGCUGAACCCAUUCGCGAUAAAGAGUGGAAUAAUCUGAAACAACAGCUCAUAUCUCAGUAUAAAAAGAUAAAAAAGGCAGAGAAAAAAAGUGCGUUGGCUGCCAGGGCUUCUGAGAAACAUCUAGCCAAAAGUAUAACCAAGAAAAGCACAGAGCCUGUGCGUCAAGGCGGGCAUGAUGCUGGAACGCUUGUACGAAUACGCAUCUCUGCCUUCACGGACGAAUUCAUCAACGAUCAUUUAGGCGAAGGGCAAAGUAUUGAGCGAAAAGAUUAUGCUCAAUUCAUCAUGGGGGUGCUGGCCUACGUUCGCAAGCAAUUCUACGCAGAGUUUUUGAAAUUAGAUACCACUUCUUUGAUGCCAAGGCUAACUCUAGACGAUAUGAAGUGGAUAUUCGAUUACAAGAUUAAGCAAAGGAUUAAAGAUAUUGACCAUGACCAUUUCUCCUGCAGAUUUUGCCCAAAUUCUAAGCAAUUUGGAUUCCACGCUGUUAUCCAGCACUAUGUUUCAAAGCACGCAGGGAAGAAAAUGCGUAACCAGCACUGGAAAGCUGAAUGGCCCGAGGCGCCUGUAUUUGGACCAUCUACGAUUCAACAAGCGUCCACUGUUAACUCCAAACCGCCCUCUUCUCGUACUUCGGAAAUUGAUGAUGCAUACAAACUGAGAAUCUAUGCGAUGGCAAAAGCUAUAAAAAGCGUGUGGAAAAUCAUGAAGAAUGUUGAAAACAUACCCACUUCGGCCAAAGUUUUUGUCUCAAUCUACCACGUCGCUAAAGAUUAUCAAAAACAUGACCAGGAGCCUGUAUCACUGGAAACGUUCUUGGACGUCUUGAAUCACUUCAAAUCCUCUCCUCUCCUUUCCAGUUACCAUGGUUUAGCUUGCAAAGUUUGCAUGUUGUCACAGACGCGAGAUGAAGACAAGAAGAGUUUAUUUACGCUUCCUACCCUAGCCAAGCAUUUUCAUGACGUUCAUGAUAAAGGAGGGGCUCCGCUCAUAGAUUGGCGCGUCGACUUGAUCUGGUUGCCGGACAUACAGAUAUCCCAAGACCUGCAAUUAAAAGCUUGGAAGAGCAAACGCGCUUUUGAGCUAACCUCAGAAGCUUUGCCGUGGCUAUUUGAAAGCGAGGAGGAAACAAGCCAGGGUGGCCCCUUCUCAGCCCUGCAGAAUCCUCUCACCACAAGCUUGGAGACAGUGGAUACAGCUUCUACGCAGAUAACCUAUCGGUCUGAUGAGAAGCUUCAUGGAGAUGUGCCCAGUCUUCUGCCAGCCAGUGUUGUCUACGCCAGAUCAAGCACAGUUCAAGAGCAGGCAAGGUAUGAUGCUGUUGCCUCUCGGGCAACGAGCACUCAUGAGAGAAUACCUCAAUUAUAUGAACCACUUGAUAGAACGAGAGCGCGUCGCAUGGUCACUGAGCCAAGUACAGAGGGCAGCUCGGGUUGGGGAUCGUCUCGCACCUACUCACGGAGUUUUAGUCCUAGAGAACUUGGGCCAGAGUCAAGAAGACACUUGAGUUCAUACCACCCACAUUAUGGGCACGAUCUUCAAGUGGUAGAAUGGCUGAACGGAUAUCCAUACUAUCCGGAUGUAGAUCUUCGAAGAGAGCAAGGCUACACAGAAGCUGGAAACGGACACAAUGGCCAUCGCAGUCGCUAUUAUAUGCCCAGUGGCCACCAGCAGCCGAUGCCUUCCGCGCGCCUCUACCACUAUGGUGAAUCUGUUCUGUCAUAUGACAGGCAUAGUGCUGCUGACGCACGAAGUGUGUCGAAUGGCUAUUAUACACAGCAUCCAACUAUUACACGAGAUUACAGAAUUAUUUCAAGCGCAGAUCGCUCCGAUUAUACCAAUUUAGGACUGCAUAGGAGCACUACGCCCUCACAACGAGCGUAUGAUACUUAUGCCUCACGAUAUGCAUUAGCCAAUAGAAGGCCAGGAGUUUGAGGUGCGAUAUGGAUAGGGGUGGUAUUUGGAAUUUUUCGCUUUAUUUGUUUACUUGGCGCUUCGGAAAAGGCAUUUCUAAUUACAUAAUACGAGCAAGAGAGUUUGACGAAGGGGAUAGAGGGUAUAUCGGAAGGGGAAAACGGAUGUCAUAUAGGUAGGUAUACAUCACGGUAGGGACAUGGACGCUCUAAAACUUGUUUACCAUAUAGAUAAUCGCAUUGAAUACGGUCAAAAGUAUAUUUCUUAUAAUUGGAGACGUGACAACAAAGUCGAGUGGUGUAGUUAUAGAAGGUAUAAAAAUCGCUUGCAGCCAUGGUCGCGGAUAUUCUUCCCUCUCUUCCGGUGCCAUCGCCAUCAUGUACAGUUGUUUACAUUUCAAAAAGAAAGAAAAUGCGCCAUCGUACACUUCUCUCCAGCCCCUCUC